UGCAGGCCCUGGGUCUUGCUCCAGUAUCCUUGCGGGUGCGGCCAGCACCAUGGACACCUCACAGGCUCUGCAGCUCCUCCUGCUCCUGGCCUCCGGAGUAGAGGUCCUUGCCUUCCAAGCCUCUUCUGAAAUUCAGAGAACCAGUCUCUCCUCAGACCCAGAAAGCUCUUCCCAGGGCCCGGGUGUGAAAGUUCCUUCCACCAAUCUCCCCAGCUGGAAAUUCCCAGAUCAGACGACAGGCUCAAAAGUCUCCACGGAUACCCCACUUUCCGAAUGGUCUCCCAAGGGGCUGAAUUUGAACGAUUCCUUUGAGUCCAAUAUUUCUGCUCAGAGGGAAAAUCUGAAUCUGGAACCCUUCUCUGGAAUCCCUAGUUCCAAUGUAUCUCUUGACACUUCGGGUUUGGAAGUUGCUGCCCCAAGCCGGGAGCCUUCCUUGUCUGUUAAAACCCCAGCUUCCGGCAUUUCUGCUCACUUCCCUGAUACUAAAGUCUCUGUGGAGGCCCCAGCUUCAAAAUACUCCCCUAAGGAUGGGGAUCUUGAGUUCUCUGCCCAGAGCCUGGGUUCUAAAGUGUCCUCAGAGGCCCAUGCGGGGACAAGCUUCCCCCCUCAGGCAGGGGAGCCUCUUGCAGUCCUGGUGGGGAGCACCAUCCAGCUCCGGCUGGUUCCAGUCCCCAGCCCUGGCCCCUCACCCCCUCUGGUGGUUUGGCGCCGAGGUUCCAAGGUGUUAGCAGCGGGGGCCCUGGGAGCAGGGGCCCCUCUGACUAGCCUGGACCCCACUUACCGAGACCGCCUACGAUUUGACCAGGCCCAAGGGGGCCUGGAGCUCACCUCUGCUCAGCUGAAGGAUGCUGGGGUCUACACAGCGGAGGUCAUCCGGGCUGGGGUCUCCCGGCAGAUCCGGGAGUUCACGGUGGGUGUAUAUGAACCCCUGCCCAAGCUGUCCAUGCAGCCCAAGGCUCCGGAGACCCAGGAAGGAGCAGCGGAGCUCCGGCUGCGCUGCAUGGGGUGGGGACCGGGUCGCGGGGAGCUGAGCUGGACACGAGACGGACACGCCCUGGAUACAGUGGAGUCUGCGGGAGCAGAGCCACUGCGGAUCCGCGCAGAGGGUGACCAGCUUCUCAUCGAGCGUCCGGUGCGCAGCGACCACGCCCGGUACACCUGCCGCGUCCACAGCCCCUUCGGCCACACAGAGGCCGCGGCCGACGUCAGUGUUUUCUAUGGCCCGGAUGUGCCGGUCAUCACUGUUUCCUCGAACCGCGAUGCCAACCCCGCCCAGUAUGUCACCGCGGGCAGCAACGUGACCCUGAGCUGCACCGCCGCCUCGCGGCCACCGGCCGACAUCACCUGGAGUCUGGCCGACCCCACCGAAGCCGCCGUGCCCGCCGGCCCGCGCCUCCUGCUGCCCGCGGUCCAGCCCGGCCACGCCGGCGCCUACGCCUGUAUCGCCAGGAACCCGCGCACCAGCAGCCGCCGCCGCUCGCUGCUGAAUCUCACGGUGGCGGAUCUGCCCCCUGGGUCCCCUCAGUGCUCAGUCGAAGGGGGUCCUGGCGAUCGCAGCCUCCGCUUCCGAUGCUCGUGGCCCGGCGGGGCCCCUGCCGCCUCCCUGAAGUUCCAGGGUCUCCCGGAAGGCGUCCAGGAGGGACUGGCGUCCUCUGUGCUCCAGGCAGUGGUCCCCGCCCACCCCCGGCUCAGCGGCGUCUCCGUCACCUGCCUUGCUCGCCACCUGGUGACCACGCGCACGUGCACUGUCACCCCGGAGGCCCCCCGAAAGGUCCUGCUUCACCCGAUCGUAGAGGAGACACGGUCCGGAGGGGCACAGGUAGCGCUGCAGGCGUCUGGCUGUCCCCCACCUUCCCGAGCAUCCUGGGCCCGGGAAGGGCGGCCCCUGGCCCCAGGAGGCGGGGGACGCCUGCGGCUCACCGAGGAUGGGCGGAGACUUCUCAUUGGCAACUUCAGCCUGGAUCGGGACCUGGGAAAUUACUCCGUGUUGUGCAGUGGGGCGCUGGGUGCUGGGGCCGACAAGAUCACCCUCAUUGGACCGUCCAUCUCCUCGUGGAGGCUGCAGAGAACCCGGGACGCAGCAGUGCUGACUUGGGAUGUGGAGCGCGGGGCCCUGAUCAGCCGUUUCCAGAUCCAGGCACAGGUGGAGGGCCCUGACCCGGGCAGAGCCAUUGCCUCGGACUGGGUCUCCCUGCUCAUCCUGGGGCCUCGGGAACGUUCAGCUGUGGUGCCCCUCCCUCUUCAGAAUCCCAGGACCUGGGUCUUUCGUAUCCUGCCCACCCUGGGGGGCCAGCCAGGGAUGCCCUCCCAAAGCCAGAUCUACCGGGCCGGUCCCACCCUGGGCCCCGGGGCCAUCGCUGGCAUCGUUCUGGGGUCCCUACUAGGCCUGGCACUCCUGGCAGCUCUUCUCCUCCUGUGCAUCUGCUGUCUGUGCCGCUUUCGAAGAGAGGUGCAUAAGAAAAAGAAGCAACCCGGCACCUGGACCCCUGUAGUCCCGCAACCGGAAAAGAAGGUGCAGAGCUUGACCCCAGUGCACACCCCACAGCCUCUGCCCCUCAAAGUACCACUGGAGAACCCUAGCCCAAUCAGGGCCCACCCAGCCACCGGCAUGCCUCCAGGUGGGGACCCCAAAACCGUUCGGACGGCUACACAGGUGUGAGCCGGCCCAGUGGCUCGCUCUG